AUGUCCACAGCACUAUCAAAUCAAGCGCAAAUUAGAUAUGUUAUUGAGUGGUUUCAAGAAUGGUCAGAAAUGCAGAGAGAUGACUUUGUAGGAAUAUUAUUAGAAAGAUGUAGUUCAACAAUAUUAGUUAAUGGCUUGCUCACAGGCAUUGAAAAUUUGGGAAAAGAAAAUCCAAACAGACCACCCAGUCUAUUCCAAUGUAGAAUAAAGCUUUUCAGAGAGUGGAGUCAGAAUUGGUCUGAUCAAGAAAAAGAAAUGUUAGUUAUAUCAAUCAAACAUAUGGAUCCAAAAUUUGCAGAAAAAUAUGAACAAAGGUUACAAGGUCAUGAUGGCAAUGGUGAAGAACAGAUUUUACAAGACAUUAACAAAGAUAAAGCAGAAGAAUCAUAA